ACGAAACAUUACGUCAUAUUCACGAGACAACAGGGUCACGUUAUUCUGUUGCUGUUUUUGCAAUAAUCUUCAACAAAGCUUGUUUUAAAAGCUUUUUAAAAAUGUCUGCGAUGAAUUUCGGGUCGAAGAGUUUCAAGCCUCGCGCUCCUGAUAAAGGCGCGUUUCCUAUUGAUCAUUUCGGAGAGUGUAAAAUUUUCAAGGAGACGUUUAUGAAAUACCUCAGAGACAACAGCUUCGACAACUCCAAGUGCCGACUGCAGUCCAAAGACUACCUGGAGUGCCGCAUGGAAAAUCAGCUGAUGGCCAAGGAGCCAAUGGAGAAACUGGGCUUCAAAGACCUGAUCGAUCCUCCUCCCAGCCAAUCAGAAGGAGACACAAAACCAUGACCUGCUGCGGACUAUAUGGCCGUGUCUCAUUUCUCUAAUUUCCCCUCCUCGACUCCUCGGUCCUCCGGUAGUGACCCGGAAAUGAAUUUCAGCGCGCCAUGUUGAAGGACAUCUCAUUUCUCUCAGACACGAGGAUAGGAGUCGACGAGGGGAAAUCCCAGAAAUGAGACACGGCCUAUGUUGUCCUAUUGAAGCAUAUUAAAUGCAGUGUGAAGCUGAGAAGAUUUCAAAGACUUUAAGAGUGCAAGAGGAGACUUGCAGUGGUUUGCCUUGUGGUCUCAGUUUGUUACGGAGAACAAACACAAUGAAUCGUCUGUGUACAUAAAAUAUAAUGUAUAAUAUAUGGAGAUGCUGUUUUGGCAUUCAAAUAAACCUUUUGUAUUUAAAUUAAA